AUGAGUUCUCUCCCAUUGACUACCGCUCUUCUGUUUCUUAACGUUCCUGCACUGGGGAGCAGCAAUGUGAAAAUGAAGGAUCCAGAAUUUGUGGAAAAAGCUAUUCGUGUUAUGAUGAAAGAUGCACACCACAAAUUGCAGGUGGUUGCAGACUUUGACCGUACACUCUCUAAAUACUCAGAGAAUGGAGUUAUCUGCUGCACUACACACAAUGUGCUUGAACAAAGUCAAUACAUGCCAGACUAUUUCAAAGAAGAAGCUCGGAAACUUAAGGAAACUUACUUGCCCAUUGAAUUUGACCACACAAAAACAGUUGAAGAAAAAAUACCAAAGAUGAUUGAAUGGUGGACCAAAGGUCAUGAGUUGGUCACCUCCUGCCAUCUGACCCAGGACACCAUCCGACACAUUGUUGCUGACUCAUUCGCUCGUUUGAGGAAUGGUUGCAAGUGGUUCUUUGACCAGCUUCAUGAACUAGACAUCCCAAUCCUGAUUUUCUCAGCUGGAAUUGGAGACAUCAUUCAUGAAACAAUUCUGCAACAAGCCACCUUCCACAGAAACAUGAAGAUUGUUUCCAAUUUUCUCAAGUUUGAUGAACAGGGAAAAGUGAUUGGAUUUGAGGGUGAUGAAAUUAUCCACACUUUCAACAAAAAUGAAAACACCAUCCAUUCCGGCGACUAUUUUUAUAACAUCCGGCAUCGAGAAAACCUGCUGCUCCUGGGUGAUUCAGUCGGUGACCUCGGCAUGUCGGAGGGUGCUGAUCAUGUUGAAUGUGAAUUAAAAAUAGGUUUUCUCAACUUUAAGGUAGAGGAUAACCUGCCGACGUACCUUGAGAAGUUUGAUGUUGUAAUCAUUGAAGACGAGAGCCUGGAUGUUGUCAACGGCAUCAUGAAAGCCAUAUUAGGCAUUUCUAUAUGA